AUGCCUCUCUUCAAUCCCCUGAACCUCGUCUGCUGUUGCAAAUCACGAUGUGGUGGCUCUGGCUCUCGCUCUGGUGACCCGAUACCAGCUACGCACGACAUGAUAUCCCUUCAGCACGUACCAACCCUGGAUUUGACGUUGGAAGAGCGACAAAUAUCACCCGAACACGAACAGCGAAAUACUCUAAUAGGUCUAUCUGACGUGGCCUGGGCGGCGCCGGAGCGCCAAAGUUCCAUCGACACUGACUCCAUCACGAACCAACAUAGUGACUCGGAUUCUUUCUCCGACUCUUUCGAUUCUGAUCUGGACCGUCCGAGGGCAACAAAGAAGUCCAGCACCACGUUUGGCGUUGUGCGUAACAGGCUCAUCAGGAGCAUCUCUCACAACACCAGCAGUGACCAGCCAUCGCGUGUCUUUGUAGGCAACAGUGAAGAAGAAGUUGCUAGAAGAGCCGAACUGAGACGUAUCAUGCGCCUGAGGAUUCAGGAUCAGCUCGAAUCAGAGGAGGCCGAAGAUCAGUUCGAGAACAAGACGACAAGAAGUAUUCGACGUGGAAUUUCCUCUGUCGACCUUGCUUUUCUAACUUCUGGACCGCGGGAUGCUAUCGAGUUUGGCGUCGCCAAAUCUGCCUUGAAUGAUCGGCAACCAGCUCGACUUGAUUCAGAUCAUGGAGGACAUGGGACUUGUAAGAAUCUUGUAGCUCUUCCAAAGAAUGCAACUGUCCUCGAGAGAGCUUCUCAAGAGCCAUCUGGCGUCAUCGGCCAUGAGAAAGACAUCCAGGGAUACCAUGUCAUACAAAAGCCGUCGUCCACACACCUUUCGGCACAUAUAUCAGAAGACACUGCGCUUCCGUUUUCACAGAAGUCUUUCCAACUUUCUAACGGUGCUGGGCGUCUUGAUCGGAUACUGGGACCAGACAAUAGCUUCAACAGUCGCCAGGUUUCUUCUGGAGACGGCCAGUCUGCACUUGGUGUUUGGCUCAUAGCUCAGGGUCUCCGCUUACGAGAUAACUCAAACCUCUUCUUUGAAGAAGACGAAGAAGAAGAGCAAGUAGGAUCUACAAAUCCAAUCGAGAAAACCGAAGACAUUCCCUCAAUUGCUAAAAUGGGACAAGGCAUGUCGGUGUUCGAGCUCGAACCAGUGUCUGCAAAGGGGGAUUCUUUGGUUAUCCAAAGGCCUACACCUAACAGAUCACUAAACAGACCGAAACUCCAUGGGAAUCUCAAACCAGGCUCUGUGAAAGAUGCUCAUGACAGUUGCAACUUUUCUGGAGAGUUACCACGGGGCCCUACUGUAAGAGCACUUCUCGGCUCGUUCACAGACAACACUUCUUCCAGUGAUCCAUCGAAGUCUCCGCCAAGCCCAGUAAGGUCCAAACAGAACCUCUACAAACUGGAGCUGAAAGACCUCGAAAGCAUGGAGCUUUCCCCUUCCAGAUGUGAGGAUUUACCCUUUACCACGACAAGAGAACUAAUCACAAGAGUAGGGCGAAGCCGGGACUCUCCCCGCAAUGAGGAGAAUUCUGACGACGAAAGCCACAAACCUCAAGAUAUGGAGGUUUUGCAUUCCAAAUCUCAGUCUCAGGGAGUCGUUGGUGGCUUGCAAUUUGAAGCAGAAAUGAUGCAUGAUACGGCCUCUCUAACUCAAUCGGAAUCCCCCAGCUUUCUCCAGCGCGAAGCUGAGUUCAAAACAAUUGAAAGGCGCUUCAGCGAAGCUUUAACUCAGAGGAAGCCCGAGAAAACAGUCCCCACACGCUUCCUUGAGCACUUUUCUCACUCCGCCCCUCGAUCCCCGGCUGAGAAGCCUCCGAGGGACAAAACCCACUUGGCGGUCCCAAAGGGUCACCAACGGGCUAGAUCUGAGAGCUCUUUGUAUCGACAUGUUGAAGACAAUUUGGGUGUAUCCCGAGCUCAAAGGUUUCUGCUUAUUCCUUUAGAUAGGAACAAGACUCACAGAAAGGAAGCGAGUGACAGGUCGAAGAGACGUUCGAAUCUCAGUAUUCGCCCCCACAUGAGCCGGCUGCCUACGGAAGAAUACGUCAAGUCGAGCUUGGAACCUCGAGAAAGUGUCACAAACUUAUGGCAGCGCGCUGUCCGACUUGAAGCUGAAAGAAGGCAUAGCCGUAGGUUUCUUAGCAUGCAAGAUCCUGAUGGAAGAAGCAUAUCUUCCAACAGACAACCGAAAGAACAAGGUGUUGGAAACAGCAACAGUAGUAUUUCCGAUGCGAGACGAGAGAUCUCACAAUUAACACCCUCCACAGAGGAACGACCCUCUCCUAGUAAUUCGAAGUGGCUCAUCGAACGUUGGGUUUCUCAAAUGCGGCCGAGGUCGACUCACCAAGAAGACUCAGUCACAAGUGCAAAAUUGGUCAGCCCGCCGAAGUCCUGGUCCAAAUUUCCCUCUUUCAACAGGGAGGAAAGAAACAAAAACGCAGCAUCCGGAGACAAAGUACAACCCAGAGAUUUUGCAGUCAAACAUGUCACAUCAGAAGGUCAGAUCCGCUGGGCCACGGAUAUGACCAAGGAAGAUGAGCAACGUGUGCAUACAUCAUCUCGCUCUAUGUCUUUAUUCAAGUCGAAAAUGAAUCGAAUUAUGCCGUCAAAAGGUCUGCGACGCCGGAUGAGCCUCGCCUUCGUCGCGAGAAUGCCAAGCCCAGCCCAAAUGGAAUAUCCCGAAAUGGGUAUCCGCCCCUCAGAAUCAGGGUAUACCGAGCUCCAAGCAUUAGGAAGAGAGAUUAGCAACAUGAAGGGCCAGGGGCAUCUACAGACCUCUGGACGAGACAUUUCAAAACCGCAAUCUUCCGGAAGAUUGGAGGAUAGAGUAGUUGCACUUAUGCAUGAGGCAAUUGGGCAGAAACAUCCGAAACCCGAUGAAUUGUUGGAGUCAGCCGACAUUCCUAUUGUACCAGGCACGCCAAGUGUAAUCAGACCAAGCAUUGCCGCUACCACGACAGAUGUCUUUGUGACGCCGAAGAGCCAUUUUUCGAACGAUGGGGAGAGUAAAGAAGAUAUCGACGAAUUAGAAGCAAGUCUCACUACAGCAGGGCGGUAUGAGGCUCGUCCGAAGCUAUUUGAUUACAAUGAUGCCUCUUAA